AUGUAAUAAUAAUAAACUCCGAAAUAAUGUGAGAAAAUUAGUUAAUUGGCAAAUCGACCCAAAAGAAGCGAAUAAGUCAAUAAAAUUUGCAGACCAGUGAAGGUGUUAAGCAACCACUUCCCAGUAUAAUAUUAAUCUAACUUAAUAGUUUGAAUUUAAAGACAAAUAAGCAGGACUUAAUAUUUAUGCAGUAAGUUUUUCAGAAGAUGUUCCUCAAGAUAGUAGAGAGGUAAUCAGUGAAUUAAUUAACUUAUCCAGAGCUUAAUUUAAGUAGGCAGGACUAGAAACAUUUUCAGUAUACAUUUAAAUAUAUAAUAAUUAGAUUAGAGGCCUAAAUAUAUGGAGUCCUCAGUAUGUUAAAGAAAGAAUAAUUUCUUAAGUAACCUUUAAAGAUUAAAAAUACUGUGUAUACUUGAAUUUUGUGAAAUCAAUCGAUUUUUCAUAUCUUGAUGGGUAUUAAUAAAAUUAAUAUGUUUUAGAGAAAACCAAGAACCAACUUUAAUGUAGCCUCUCUAAUAAGCUAUAAAUGUUUAAGUGAAAAGAGCAUUAAAAGAGAUGGGAUUAAGAGAACUUAAUAGAUUGUCAUAAUUCUUUGAUCCAAAAUCAAUAGAUGCUAAUCCAGUUUAAGGUUUCCCACUUAAAGUAUGGCUUGGAUAUAAGACUUCUCUGAAAUUAACUUAAUCAAAACCUUAAUUAUUAAUUGAUUAUGCUUCAAGGGUUUUAAGUACAGAGACAGCCUUAAGGUUUAUUAAAUCUUUUAAGAAUAAUGAUUAUGCACAAAUAAAAGAGGAGUUUGAAGGAAAAUCAGUAAUAGCAACUUAUGGAAAUUAUAGGUUGUAUAAAAUUUCAGCAGUUGAUUUCAAAAAGACUCCUAAUUCAUCAUUUGAUUUGGAGGAUGGCAAAAAAACAACUUAUGCCCAAUAUUAUUAAGAUAGAUAUAAAAUCAAAAUUUAAGAUAUGAACUAACCUCUUCUUGAAAGUUUAGAUAGAAGAAAUCCAGAUAAAAAAUUUUAUUUAAUUCCAGAGUUAGUUUAUAUGACUGGAUUAAGAGAUGAUUAAAAAUCAGAUUUUGGAUUGAUGAAAGAAUUAGCAUAUUAUACAAAAAAAGAACCUGGAGAAAGAUUACAAAUAAUAUAAAAUAUGUUAGGAAAAUUAUAAAAACAAUUAGGUGCUUCAUAGAUCAUACUAAAAUCAGAUUCAAGUACUACAGCCUAUAUUUGCCAAUAACCAUAGUUAACAUUUGCAAAUUAAAGAAAAUUAGAUGCUGAUCCAACUGGAUUUUUCAUUUUAAAAGAUCCAGUUUAUUAGAGUUGUUAUAUAAAAGAUUGGUUUUUAAUUUAUCAAUCAAAAGGAAGAUAAGAUGAUGAUCUUGCUGAUGAUCUAGUAGCAGAUCUAUAAUAAUAAGGAGGAAGAUUAGGAAUCAAAUUUGAUAAACCAUUUUUUAUUAAUAUGAAAGGAAACAAACCUUAAGAUUGGAUCAAAGAAUUAUAAGCAGAAUUUAAAAAUGGAUUACCAUCUCUUGUUGUCUCUAUUACUGAUAAAAAUAGAGAUACAUAACUUUAUGUUGGUCUUAAAGACUUUUUACUUUCAUAAGGUGGUGCUGGUGUUAUUCAUCAAAAUGUAACUACUAAAGCAUGUAAAAAUAAAAACAAAUAAAGUAUUGCUUCUAAAAUUGCUUAAUAAAUAAGUGUCAAAUUAGGAAAUCCUUUAUGGGUUAUUCCUAAAGUUAAAGGAAUCUCUGAAAAAAUUAUGAUUAUUGGAAUGGAUAUCUAUCAUAAAUUAGUUUCAGGAAAAUAAUCUUGUAUGGGUUUUGUUGCUCAUUUUGAUUUAGAAUGUAAAACAAGCUUUUCCAAAACUAUUAUCAUGAGAGCUGGCUAAGAAUUUAAUUAGGCUGUUGGAUUAGCUUUUAAAGAAGCUCUUUAAGCUUAUUUUUUACAUUAUGGAAAAAAACAAUUACCUGAUACUAUUUUAGUUUAUAGAGAUGGAGUAGGAGAAUCAUAAAUCUAAGCCUUGAUAUAAACAGAAUUAGAACAAAUUAAAAAAGUUAUUUAAACAUAUACAGCUGGAUAUAAUCCUUAAUUUGCAUAUAUUACUAUCAAUAAAAAAAUUUCUGAUCGAUUCUUCUUGAAAGUAGAUGAUGCUCCCCCUUAAGCAAGAAAAAAUUCAAAAAGCCCUUAUAUAAAUCCAGUUUCAGGUUUAGUUGUUGCUGAUAGAAUAACCUCAAAAUUUUUUGAUUUCUUCUUAGCUGCUUAAUAUGUGACUUAAGGAACUUGUACACCAACUCACUAUAUAGUAUUAGAAAAUAAUACUUAAUUUACUGAAGAAAUGUUUUGGUAAAUUACAUACUUUUAAUGUUUCAAUUAUUGGAAUUGGACAGGAGCAGUAAAAGUACCUGCUUGUGUUUAAUAUGCUCACAAACUAGCAUUUUUGGUUGGAGAUACUUUCUAAAAAGCUGUUCAUCAGAAUCUUUAAAGACAACAUUUUUAUUUAUGAUUUUCAUUUUUUUCUUAAUAUAUA